AUGCCUGAAUUAUAUCCUUCUCCUGCAUCCACUUCUGACAAUCAGAAUUCCCUCAAUGAGUACUGGCCCCUCACUCUCACUCCUGCAGACAUUUCAGCUACUAUGUCGAUGUCUGAAUCACGCAUCCCCGCAUCCAUCUCCCAAUAUCAGGCGGAGGCUGCAAACAACAAUCUUCCCCCUUUAGCUCGGAUCAGGCACUUCAAAGCUGGGCUGCAAUGGGAGAUCACUACUUUUGUCAUGCCCAUCCUCCAGUACUCAGCUGCCAGGAACAUCAUUUCAGUCGUUCCCAGCCCUAUUGCUCAUAUUCUUCAUUUGAUUCCCAGUCACACCUGGAACACGGUUCCGGAUCACAUCUUUUUGUAUCACAUCUAUCCCGGAGAUCCAUCCCGGAUCGUAUCCAGCUAUGAUACCCCAUGGUGGAUGGGAGAAACUGCAAUUCCGAACGAACCAUGGCAAUGGGAUCGUGUGAUGACUUGCUGUAUCUUUCACUACCAGCAUUGGAUGGCAUUGAGAAUGAUGGUGGAUCAUACCUCAGUUCCAUCAGUGAUGGAACUGAGGUGGAUUAGAGAACGCCUCCUGACAUUACUUGAGGAGCAAUGUGAGGGCAUCCAUGACAAGAUGGCAGAGAUACAAAUCUACACUGCCAUUCUAGACAGAUUGAAGAGAGGCAGAGGAGAGUAG